GAUCAUAUUGAAGUUCAGUUACAUAAGCGCGCGUGCAGGCGAAUUGGUGCGGAAUGGCGGAUGUUCCCGCGCGCGCGCCGCCGACGUAGCGGCCGGUUAUAAGCUCGCACCCGCUCCAUCGACCGUCAGUUGACGAUAGACCACCCUCGUAUCUAACGAUUAGUUAGUUUUUAGUGCAGUGCAGUGAUAAUAAAAAUAUUCCAAAAUGUGCACCGCCUUCCGGAUAGCAGUCGCAUCAGCGUUGUGUGUGGUGAUCGCGUCCGGCCACGUCCACGGCAGGAGGUCCCGCAGGAUGGACGUGCAGGACCCCGCACAGAACGAGGUGGACAGCGGCCGCGCCGACGAGAGCUCGUGGUGGCCCUCCGCGGAGUUCGCGGUCAUCCAGAAAGUGUACGACGACUGCAGCUCCCAGAAGCACCUGACCACGUGCUUGAAGAGCAAGGCGCUGCUGGCGCUCACCCGGGCCGUGGAGCAGGAAUCCGUCCAGCUGGCGGACGGGCUCACGCUGGUGCGCCAGGCGGACGCGCCCGCCGCCGUGGCCGAGCCGCGCUUCUUCUCCGGCAUGUCCACCGAGGAGAAGCUCGACACUGCACUGCGCGCUAAAUUCGAACAGCUCAUGAGCAGCCACACUCUGUCCAUGGACCUCGCCACGGAAGGCAGAGGCAGAGGUAAGAAGAUGCUCCCUUACCUGCUCCUCGGGAUCUUCACGACCAUGAGCAUAGUCGGAGGCAUCGCGCUGAAGACGCUGGCCGCCAUCGCCGGCAAGGCGCUGAUCGCCAGCAAGGUGGCGCUCACCAUCGCCGGCAUCAUCGCGCUCAAGAAGCUGUUCAGCCACGACGGCGCGCCCGGCGAGACCACCUUCCAGGUGCACGCCGAUGGACACCACAGGCGGAAUCUAUAUGUGGUGAGGCCAGCGAAGCCGGAGUCCGUGGACCCUUACCGGUUCUACGCAGAGCAGACCACGGAGAGCGCGUAGACCUAGCCCGGACCAGCCCUGGACCAGCCAUGGACCACCACGGACCACCCUGGACCGCUCUGGACCGCCCUGGACCACCGCCCCGGACGCCGCGCUCGCUCGCCGACACACAAAUACAACCUCAAGCCAA